AUGUUGUUGUCACAAUUUCAGGUAAUGAGCGCUCAGAAGGAUGGAGACAAUAUUAAGGUUGAAAUAGAAGGUGUAAAAGAUGGCAAGAAGCAGACCUUAGAUUGUGAUGUCCUGAUGGUAUCCAUCGGCCGACGUCCUUACACUAAAGAGCUAGGAGUCGAAAAUGUGGGCAUUCAACUUGAUGAAAAAGGCCGAGUACCCGUGAAUGAGCGAUUCCAGACCAAGGUCCCAUCAAUAUACGCUAUCGGGGACUGCAUUGCUGGACCUAUGCUUGCUCACAAAGCUGAAGAUGAAGGUAUUCUUUGUGUGGAAGGAAUCUGUGGUGGACCAGUGCAUAUCGACUAUAACUGCAUUCCGUCGGUUAUCUAUACUCACCCUGAAGUUGCUUGGGUAGGAAAACCUGAGGAACAACUAAAAGAAGAGAAUGCUGGAGAGAUGAUCGCUGAGGGUUGCUUAGCACUAGAAUAUGGAGCGUCCGCGGAAGACGUUGCUCGAGUAUGCCAGCGCUCGAUC